GUAGGUUCACUGUAUGUGUUUGUAGCCAGUAAAAGAUCGGAGCUGUAACAGAAAGCACUUGAAGGGGGAGGCAGAACAGAAACAGAGGAAACAGGCUGUGGUUUGUGAGUUCACAGAUAGUUUCCUGGUCAUUUUUCACACACAACACCCUCAACAUCACAUGAAGAGAGUAACACACUGUCCGUCAGCGCUAGUGUUUGAUUCUCAUCACCAGAGACAUAUAACUGUACUCUCCACUGAGAGAAGAGAGCAGGAUUCACAGUAUUACUGAGAUCUGACUUCAACAAGACAUUUGAGGAACUUUUCUGAACUCAACCGAAGAAGAAAUGAAGCUCACAUUCAUGAUUUCUGCGUUUCUACUGACGGUGAGCAGUUCAGUGCCUGUGGAUAUUACAGUGAGAGGAACAGAGGGAGAACAAGUGUUUCUGAAUUGUCCUUAUGCUGAAAGAUAUGAAAACUCAGGCAAAUACUUCUAUAAAGGACCUUACAGAGAGAGGAAGCUUCUCCUAAAAUCAGCUGGAGGACAGUUAUCAGUGUCUGAAGGCAGAUUCUCUCUGCUGGACGAUCAUCAGAAGAGAUCAUUGACACUGACCAUCAGAAACCUGAGUCUGUCAGAUGCUGGACUGUACACCUGUGCAACUGGAUGGAACGGAGAAUAUAAACUAAUCCAUCUGAACGUGAUCAGAGCUCCACAGAAAACAAGACCUGACCAGAUCUCAACCAGCACCCUUCACUCGUACACACACACCAGCACAGUGACACCUCAAACAGGAAGUGAAACAACAAGAACAAUGACAGGAAGUACUGCAGUUCAACUCGAAGUCAAAAUUGCUCCGGGUCUGUCUUCUGUUGCUGGCGCUCUGGGUUCGGUUCUGCUCGUUCUGGUUCUGUGUUCUGGAACGUUCCUCGUUCUGAAAAAGAGGAAGAGGAAAUCUGGGACAGCUUUAUUUCAGCAAAAUGUGCAGCACAAUACAGAGGCUGAGCUUAUGUAUGAGGAGAUUCCAAACAGUGAUGUCAUCACUGCAACCUCUUCAUCCAAUCAGACGCCUGCAUCACACCUCAACACCCGCCCACAAGACUCUGCUGUUUAUGCCACAGUAACCAAUCAGCAGCCUGAUUCAAACCCCAGUCACAUCCACUCGACCAAUCAGGUGACGGAUACAGACUGUCAUUAUUAUGCUAAUAUGAAGCCGCCUGAUCCAACAACAGACAACAGAACAGAUCUGAUCUACUCAACAGUGACACGUCCACAAAACAUCAAGACCAACGACGGCCCGAUAUAUUCACUGAUCAAACAUAAAUAAUAAAAGACUGACAAGACUUGUUCAGCACACAUCUGCACUGAUGUGAAAAAAAAAAAAAUAUUAUUCUGGUCUUAUAAUGUGUCAUUGUCAGAUAUAUCUCUGUAUGAUGAUGUUUCUGAUUUCAGCUGUUGUAGUUUCUUCAAAAGUAGUCACAGGACACAGAGGAGAGCGGCAUGACAUCAGAUGCAGCUAUUCAUCUGGAAAUUAAUCAAAACCAAAGUAUUUGUGUGAAGACAAUGGAAAUAAAAACAUUGUGGUUAUAUCAGUAUCUCCAGAUGAAGACGAGAGAUUCUCUCUGACUGAUGUUUUCUCCGUCAGCAUCACUGACCUGAGAACAGAGGAUACAGGACGAUACUGGUGUGGAGUGGAGAGGACUUCACCGUUUAUAGAUGUCUAUUCAGAAAUAUUGUUGCUGUUACACAGUUAGUGAUUAAUUGUAUCUGAAAGUGUGUGUGAGUGAUCAAGUCGGUAAAUCUUGUUAGUCGACUCAUAUACUGUUGAGCUGAUUGUCUGCUAGACUUGAGUGUGUUCAGUAUAAAAUACAUCAUUAAACCAGAGAUUACAUGAAA